AUGACCGCGAUCAGGUGCGGAGCGCCACUGGUCUCCCAAAGACCAGAAUAUUUUGAAGACGGGAGCCUUCAGCCCGACAUGAUCGCCUUUGGUAAAGGGACGGGCAUCAGCGGCGUUGCAAUCAACUUCAAUGGGUUGAUGAUGCGACAUCUCGCUUUCCAUAAACAGGAACUGAUUCGCCAGUCAAUUAGAUUCUGGCGUUCUAUGGUCACGAGGCCUAUUGCCAUCCCAGUGUUAAUCGAGGCCUUGGGGAUUCUGAAUUUGGCUAAGGCGGAGGAUUGGCCAGCAAGAAGUGAACAGAUUGGAAGAGCGUUUCGAGAGUUCAUUCUUCGCUAUGCUGGGGAUGAUGGUCAUGGAAAAGAGAUUGUUCGCGGUUUAGGUGCUUUCAUCGCCGUCGACCGUGAGAUAUCCAAGAAAUUCAACGUAAUGGCAGCCUUUCGAAGGCGAAGUGCUUGGGCGCGGUGGAUUCCAAAGCUGAAUAGCGCUGCUGCUGUUGAUUCUCAAGCUAUUGAGCGGUAUAUAGUCGGUGUUGAUGCUAAGCCCCUUCGGCAGACACUGGCGAAAGAGGCACAAAAGCAGGGGACAAAGCCGCUCUGGUGUUGGGUCUGUGGGAUUGACGCAAUUGUAGAGGAUUGGUGCCGAACUUGCUUUUUGGGACACUGUGGCACCCAAGACUGUGCAAAAGGCUUCCACGCCCAUAAUUGUCUCUAG